AUGCACAGCGCCGCUUACUGCCAGGCCUUCCUGGAUCGAAGCGCGGCCGAGGCUGGCAGAUGCGAUUGUCCACUUCAAUUUGAGCAUUUACGGCUGCAGCAAGAGAGCUCAACUCGACAAGCUGAGAUGACCGAAGUGAACAAAAGACUGGAUGAUCUUGCUGGAAGGAUAGAACAGAUUUCCAAGCAGAGAGGUGAAAACUUUCAAGCAGUGCCUCCUCCAGAUCCUUGGGCAAGGGCAACCUUUGCGAGUUCCUCGGCGACGGGCUCAGACGCAUGGAGUAAUUACAAGCCUGCUGCGAAUGCCCCACAUCCAGCUAGGCCAACUACGAAUGCCUCCAGUCCAGCUCAGCCACCUCCGCUACAGCGCCAGCAACCACAGCCGCAGCCAAAUGCCUUCAGCGAUACAGGCUCGGGACCCGGCUCUGCGGAGGCACAGGGUACCAAUUACAACAACGUGAUCCUUGGCGGCUUUGCGAAAGACACGCCGCGAAAAUUGAUCGAGCUAGAGAUUGCCAAGGCGAUUUCAUUAUGGGACCCUGUGUCUAGAAGCUCAGUUCAGAGAACGACGGUUUUUGGGCAGAGAGCCAGAACAGGCAUGGUGUGCCUCCGGCCGCUCCCCGUAGAUCAAGCACGUGAACGGUUCUUCCAGUUGAAGGCCAACUUUGGGCACAUGCUCUCCACCAACACUGAUGAAGCCUGGAUGUCUGCUGAGAAAUCUGCUGAACAGAGAAAGCGAAACAGGGCAACACGCACGAUAAGGCAGAUGCUUGAGAAGAUAAAGGGAGGUCCGGUGGCGAUUGAAGACAUAGACUGGACCCGUCAAAUCAUGUGGAUAGGAUCCUGCAGGGUUGUGGCAGCGAACCUCGCCAGCCUACACUGCCAGCCCACCGACAAGAUUUGCAGCCGUGCCACUACAGAUGACUAUGGAGAAAGAUCCACGUUCUUCUUCAAUGUGACUGGCCUGGCAUCGUGCACCUCCACCCAGCCGGAGGCGGUGGAGGCUGCAAUUCAGUCAGCCUGA